AUGCUGGGAAGGAGGAAGAUGAAGUCUCGCGCUCCGCCCCCCCCCGGGAAGGCAGCCACCCCGGCCCUGCAGAGGGGACAGAGCCCCCACCGAGGCACGUCCCCCGACCGCCAGCAGACCCUGCUGCCCCCGACGGAGAACCUGCGGGACCGGGCGGUGGACCUCACCGUGGUGCUGCCCAGCGGGCUGGAGACAAGGAGCAUGGUCAGCGGGAGCCACGCGAUGAUGGACCUGCUGGUUGAGCUCUGCCUUCAGAAUCACCUGAACCCAUCCCACCACGCCCUCGAGAUCUGGUCGGCGGAAACCCAGCAGCCUCUGAGUUUUAAGCCAAACACGUUAGUGGGGACGCUGAACGUGCACACGGUGUUCCUGAAAGAAAAGGUCCCUGAAGAGAAGGCGAGGCCCGGCCCACCUAAGAUGCCCGAGAAGUCCGUGCGCCUGGUGGUGAACUACCUGCGGACACAGAAGGCCGUGGUGCGAGUGAGCCCCGAGGUCCCCCUGCAGAGCCUCCUCCCUGUCAUCUGCGCCAAGUGCGACGUGAGCCCCGAGCACGUGGUCCUGCUCAGGGACAUCGCGGGGGAGGAGCUGGAGCUGUCCAAGUCCCUGAGCGAGCUGGGAGUCAAGGAGCUGUACGCCUGGGACAAUAAGAGAGAAACCUUCAGAAAGUCCUCGCUUGGCAGCGACGAGACAGAUAAAGAAAGGAAGAAAUUCCUCGGGUUUUUCAAAGUGCAUAAAAGGAGCGACAGCAAGGUGGAGCAGCGCAGGCUGUCGGGGGCCGACAGCGACGAAGACGCCUCCAAGUCUGCGCGGGGCAGGAGCUCGAACGGCUCCCUGACCACGCCGAACUCCCCGUCGGUGAAUUCCCGGUCCCUCGCCUUGGGCGCAUCCCUCUCGCUGAGCAACAUCUCCGGGGUGUCAGUGAAGUCGGACCUGAAGAAGCGCCGAGCCCCUCCCCCCCCAUCCCUGCCCGGGGCGGGGCCGCCGGCGCAGGACAGGGCGGCGGAGAAGCUGUCUCUGGGGUCACAGAUGGACUUGCAGAAGAAGAAGAGACGGGCGCCGGCGCCCCCGCCGCCCAGCCCGCUGGUGCCCCCGCGCACCGAGGACCGCGAGGAGAACCGGAAGAGCACGAUGGUGAGCCUGCCCCUGGCGCCCGGCAGUCCCUGUGGCGCAGACGGCGCCCCAAUGGUGCCCCCUGAGGCCGAGGAGACCGUGUCUGUGGGCAGCUGCUUCGCAUCCGAGGACACCACGGAAGACUCGGGGGUGAUGAGCUCCCCCUCGGACAUCGUCUCCCUGGACUCCCAACACGACAGCACCAAGUCCAGAGACAAGUGGGCCACCGACCAGGAGGACGGCAGUGACCAGGACCUGGUCGGAACCCCAGAGCUGGGGCCCCCAAAGAGCCCCGCAUGGGAGAGGAACGGCCCCGGGCACUGGCACUCCAGAACUGAGAAGGAUGCCGCAGCCCCCGGUGACGACCAGGACCCCAUCGCAGGGCAGUUCGAGCGGACGCUGGCCGACCUGGACGAGGACCUGGAAGAAAUGGAAGACAGUUACGAGACCGACACCAGCUCUCUCACCGGCUCCAUCAGCGGCGUGUCGGGCCGCAGUGCGCAGGGUGCCAUGGUCCCCGACAGCGACGCCGACACCAUCCCAGUGACCUUCAUAGGGGAAGUUUUAGAUGAUCCUGUGGAGCCGGGGCUGUUUUCCAACAGAAACAACAACGCCGGGUCUUUUGACCGGGGGAGUUCAGCUGGCAGGUGGGUGCACCUGCCACCGGCCCAGGUGGAGCCGCCGCCACAGGGAAAGAAGAGAGCAGAGGGGCCCCGUGCACCUGAGCCUCCCCAGGCCGCUGGGAAGGAAACCCGAUCGGCCUUGUCCAGCACCUGUAAAGAUGGGAAUCCUGUUCAAGUGGAGGCCAAGGGGCCCUCGGAGCUCCACCGACGUGACCAACACGCAAAGGAGAGAGGGAGGGAGUGCGGCUCUGGUCCCAGCGGGAAGACUCAGACCCCCACGCCCGCGGACUCCCGGCCCGGGAAGGAGCAGGAGGGUGACGAUAGGAAGGAUGCCUCGGCACCUCUGUCGUGGUAUCAACGAGGCCAGAACCCAGGCGGGAGCUUCGGACUUAAAUACGGCCUCACCACGUAUAAAAUUGUCCCCCCGAAGUCAGAGAUGCGGUGUUACGACCGAGGGGUGUCGCUCUCAACGGGCGCGAUCAAGAUCGACGAGCUCGGGAACCUCGUGAGUCCCCGCGCAAACGGGGGCAGGACCAUGGUGCUGUCGUCCUUUGCUCUCGAAAAAGAAACCCAGCCCGUUGGAAAAGCCAGAGGGUCCCGGGGGUCAGACUCCACGGAGAGACCCGCAGGCAGGCCCACGGAGGGCUCGAACUGGGGCCCCCACACGCCCAUCCCCACCGCACCAGCCAAGUCCCAGCCUCAAGGAAGCAGAUUCGGAGCAGAGCCCAGCUCCCCCGGCCCCACGGUGACGUCGCCCCAGCAGCUACUUGCCCACCAGGGAGACGGGAGACGGCUGGAGCAGGGGGACAGCCGGCCGCCUUCAACAGCCACUUGUCACAUGAAAGUGCCAGCAGCUCACACCACCCAAGUCCCAUUUCUCAAGCCUCAGAGGAGAACAUCUAGCCAGUACGUGGCCUCUGCCAUCGCCAGGCGGAUAGGGCCCCCGCAAGCCCAGGACGUGGCGAGGAAGCAGGAGGCCAGGCAGACCUGGGAGGGCAGGGCGCCAGAGCUCAGGGGGCGGCCUCGUGCCACGAGGGACACCACCCGCCACCCCUGCCUGGAGACACAGGGACAUGAAGAGGAGACGUCACCCUGCCGUCACCUUCCCAACACCCCCAGGGAGGAAUCAGCAGGAGGAGCCCAGCCCGGAGGGCAGGUCAGCAGCCCUCAUGGGAAGCCGUCUCCCCACGACUGUCCUGCUGGCCCCCACAGAGGGGCCUACGUCCCGCUUAUCACAGCUGCCCGGAGGGACCAUGAUUCCGUGGGACCGAGCUGUGGUUGGGGUGGAAAGCAAAGUGCAAGUAACCACAGGGCCAGCUCGGCGUCGGACCCCAGACGCACACCGGAGGGCACCAGGAGCCCGCCUCCUCGGUCCGGGGACACUCAGGCGCCCGGCAGGUCCCUGGUGAAUGGCUCCAGGUGGGCCCCCAACCACAGCCAGCCACCGCCCUCUCCGCGGGCCUCGGGCACGGACAGCCAUGCGGUCCUCGAGCAGGAGGAGACGGCCAGGGUGUUGUGCACAGACAUACAAGACGUCGACGGCACCCCGCCACCCAGCAUCUUCGGGCCAAAGAAAAAGUUCAGGCCUGUCGUCCAGAGGCCGGCACCCAAAGACACCUCCCUGCACAGCGCCCUGAUGGAGGCCAUCCACUCGGCGGGCGGCAAGGACUGGCUGCGGAAGACGGAGCACAGCCCAGAGAGAGGCCCCAAAAAGCCGUCCUACGUGGAGUCUGAGAGCGAGCACUCGGCCCUGCUGGCGGCCAUCCGGGGGCACCGCGGGGCCUGCAGCCUGCGGAAGGUGGCUUCCUGUGCUUCUGAGGAGCUCCGGAGCUUCCGUGAGGCCGCCAGGUCCGAGCAUGGGCCGGAGCCCCCGGGGCUGGAAGACCUCGGCAGCCGGCCCCCGGCCUCCCUGCCGCCCCCGCCCCCUCCAGCUGCCCCAGCUCUGUCCACCUCCAGGACAGCAUCCAGGUCCAGCUCCAGCCCCCUAGGCAACCCGGUGGAUGCCAGGCAGGCCUUGAUGGACGCCAUCCGCUCUGGCACAGGGGCUGCCAGGCUGAGGAAGGUGCCCUUGCUUGUGUGAAGCAUCAGAAAGACCAGACCGUGGCAGACGCUCACCUGCCAGAUGCCCGCGUCACCACACAAGGACGCCACAGGGCGAGGGGCACUGGGAUUGCUGCGCUUCCCGCCUGCAGGCCAACCCGCACCGCUGAUUUCCCGUCCUGCUCGUGGGGCACCGGGAGGGGAUGCUGCUCGCGUGGCUCGUGUGCCAAGGAAAUGUAUUAUUUUGCCUCUGAGCAUUCAAGUUGCCAAUAAACGAUUCUUGUUGGCAGGUUGCUGGGAACAUAAAACCUGGAGCCCGACACGACACUUAAUUAUGUUGAUGGGCAAUGUGGAAAGAAUCACCCUUAGACCGGUGUUGGGCCGUUGAGACUUACACCCAGCGAUGGUUAGGGCUGUCCAGCUGUUUAAAACCUGUCGCGUUCUGAAUGUCACCUGCUGAGUGACGCUCUGUGUCUGGGUGGCGAGAGGAGGAGCCGCAAGGCUGUCUCACAGGCGACUGCGGAGUGAGGAAGCCACUGCGUCUGAUCCCUCCGCCGUCUGGGUGGAACCGUGUGGAGGGUGGCUGACCUGCUGAGGUUUUAAAAGCCAGCGGUGAUCCCCCCGGGUGACACCCACAUGGGAUAUGUAGGCGGGAGGUUCUGGGUUCUGCAAAGGCAGGGGGCUGAGACCAGGACGGUCGGGGACCCACCUGCCAGCUGUCCCCACGGGCUGUGAAGUAGCAGGGACCUCCCCUGGGAGGGCCGAGCACAGAGCCCGGUAACUCCCCUGGGAGCCUUGGAGACCCUGCACGGGCCAGGAGCAGGGAUGCUGGGUGUCGCCAAGAUGGGCCCAAAAUUGGCUAAUGUUUCAUGAUUUGAAAAAAAAGGCUUGACACUUUUGCCCAGCAGAUCGGUAUCUCCCUUGGACCACGUGGUGGGCAGUCUUCUCGCAGGGCUCGGGCCUCGGUCACCGGUAUUUAUAAUGGAGCGUAACCACAGCGGGAGUUUUUCAUAGCUCCCCGCAAACUAAUUGUUAUCCUGAAAAAAGCUCUUUAAGAGAUGACUAGAAAUGGAGAGGAGUUCGCGAAAUGAAGCCACAGGUAGCGUGAGAUGCGUUGAAUGUCCUGGGACUGUUUUAGAAUCACGGGGACCCGGCUCUGCGUCGUCUGACUCCCGUCGCUCACCCUCCCCGGGCAGCGAGAGCAUCUAGCCAAUCGCCCCUAAACCACCGUCUCUAAAUGUGUCUUUUGGUGCCACAAAUAAAAAUCUAUGAAAUUGUA